UUUCCUGCAGCUGGAUUUUCUGUUCAGGGUAGCCAAAAGCACACAUUUUGUUUUACCUCCCCCAAAUGACGUACGGUAAGGAUUUAAGGCGUCCUCGGUGGUUUCGCUACAGGACACACCGACAACGCCCUCAUUACUCCGGCGCCAGUGUGUUUUAGAACUGAUUUUAAAGUUUUACAUUUAAGGCUUUACAUGGUCCGAGUACCCGCACAGCAGCUCGUGCCUGGAGAGCCUCGGGUUUUGGUUUGUUCCAGAGACCUGGCUGAAAUCCAGAGGGGACAGGGCGUUUGCAGCUCAGGAACAAUCUGCUAGAGGAGGUCAAACUACGAAGCGAGCUGACUGGAUUAUCCAGAGAAUUUCAAGAAGAACGCUGUGAACAUAACUCCAGAUGUGCUCAGUGUGCUGCCAAUAAGUCUCCUUGGCCGUUAUGAAAAACUGCGGGACCGAACACGCCCCUGAAAUGUGAACGCGCACCAACUCCAGUAAAGUUCCCACCGUCUCAACUAACAUCUUUUUCGCCGUCAUCGUUUAACACCAGAGCAGCAGCAGAGUUUGCUUAAUAACCCUGAGUUAAAUCUGGGUUUGGUUCCCACCAUGACAUCCACCGAUGUGUCCCUGAGCAAGACACUAUCUGCUCCAGAGGCGCGCGACCUCUGACACAUAUAGCUGCUAUAAGUCACUUUGGAUAAAAGCUCGGCUAAAUAAUUAUUUAAUUAUUAAAAUCUCCUUGGGGUGAGAAGCUGUUGUCAGCUUUUAUCCUGAUAUUUAAGAACAUUAUUGCAUCAGUAUCUUCACGUAUAUACAGCAUUAUUUAAUUAAUUAUAGCCUAAUAAUUAUUAAAUUAUUAUUCUAAAUACAUGCCUUAUCUGCAUGUGUUAUCAAACAGUCCCUCAAUAUGACACAUACCCGAGUCUGUAUAUAUCUUACAAACAUGUUCUUAUCCUAAUUGUUAAUAUGCUGCCAUUUUGGCCAGGUCUCUCUUGAAAAAGAGGUUUUAAAUCUCAGUGAGAUCAGACUUACAUUUCUGGCAACAUAGUACAAAGUUAUAUUUUCAUUUUCUCACCACACCUCCUUUUUCUGUUGUUCUUUGGGGUGAAGUUCAGGAUGAAAGUAAAUUAUUCAGAUUAAAGGACUUUUUAAGGUUUUGGGGACAGUUUCUCUUUUUCUCUGAAGACUGCACAGCUGUACAGAAAUGAAUCUAAUGUAGUUUCUUUUGUCCACAGUUGAAAUGUUUGAAAUAAUGUCUUCCGUUUGGCUCCAUCAGGUGGUGGAAUGAAGAAUGACACUGUGGUAGAGAGCAGUGAUGAUCUGAGAUGUAAAGCUUGUUGUAAUGAAUGAGUGCAGCUCUCUCAGCAUGUUGUUGUGUUUGUGUGAAGGUGUGGGCUCUGCUAUGAAUCAGUGUGAGGACAGAGAGGAGGGAGUCCCUCCCUCUAAAAGCACUCUGUGUGGGGAACAUGACAGCCAGACCAAAGCUCAGAGCCCAGAGCAGCAGCAGGGACCAGACUCUGCUGGACCUGGACCUGGACCUGGACCCAGCUGUGUGUCCGUGAAUAGUAACCAGUUGAUGCAGCAUCCUGUUGCUUUUAAAGGGCAGUGGAGGAAGAGACCAGACGCUAUUGGACCUGUACCUGGACCCAGCUGUGUGUCCAUGAAAAGUGACUGGUCAAUGGAAAAACAUAUAAACUUCAAAAAUGGACAAUGUUCUGCUGAUGAAAGGUUCCAUCAGCAGAGACCAGACUCUCCUGAACCCAGCUGUGUGUCCAUGAAGAGCGACCGGUCUAAGAGUUUAAUCAUUGAAUUCAAAGAUGGACAUAACCGUGCUGAACAAAAGAUCCAUCAGCAGAGACCAGACUCUCCUGAACCCAGCUGUGUGUCCAUGAAGAGCAACCGGUCUAAGAGUUUCCCCAUUGAAUUCAAAGCUGGACAUAACCGUGCUGAACAAAGAGUUGAUCAGCAGAGCUCAGAGGUUCCCAGUGGUCAGUCUGCCCAGCAGCAUCAAACAGACCUGGACUCCAUAUUUAUGCUGCUCCAGGAAAACAUUGGCAGGUUUGUGAAGAACGAGGUGAAGAAGUUCCAGAGGGUUCUGAGUCCAGAUUACCCAGCAUGCUUAGGGAGGGAGGAGGAGGAGGUGUUGGACGGUGAGGAGGAGGAGCAGAGGAGGAGCAGCAGAGAGGCAUUUCUGAAGAUCACACUGCACUUCCUGAGGAGAAUGAAGCAGGAGGAGCUGGCUGAGCGUCUGCAGAGCAUGUGCCGACGUAAACUCAAGUCUAACCUGAAGAAGAAGUUCCAGUGUGUGUUUGAGGGGAUUGCUAAAGCAGGAAACCCAACCCUUCUGAACCAGAUCUACACAGAGCUCUACAUCACAGAGGGAGGGACUGCAGAGGUCAAUGAUGAACAUGAGGUCAGACAGAUUGAAACAGCAUCCAGGAAACCAGACAGACCAGAAACAACCAUCAGACAAGAAGACAUCUUUAAAGCCUCACCUGGAAGAGAUGAACCAAUCAGAACAGUGAUGACAAAGGGAGUGGCUGGCAUUGGGAAAACAGUCUUAACACAGAAGUUCACUCUGGACUGGGCUGAAGACAAAGCCAACCAGGACAUACAGUUCACAUUUCCAUUCACUUUCAGAGAGCUGAAUGUGCUGAAAGAGAAAAAGUACAGCUUGGUGGAACUUGUUCAUCACUUCUUUCCUGAAACCAAAGAAGCAGGAAUCUGCAGCUUUGAAGAGUUCCAGGUUGUGUUCAUCUUUGACGGUCUGGAUGAGUGUCGACUUCCUCUGGACUUCCACAACAAUGAGGUCCUGACUGAUGUCACAGAGUCCACCUCAGUGGAUGUGCUGCUGACAAACCUCAUCAGGGGGAACCUGCUUCCCUCUGCUCGCCUCUGGAUAACCACACGACCUGCAGCAGCCAAUCAGAUCCCUCCUGAGUGUGUUGACAUGGUGACAGAGGUCAGAGGGUUCACUGACCCACAGAAGGAGGAGUACUUCAGGAAGAGGUUCAGAGAUGAGGAGCAGGCCAGCAGGAUCAUCUCCCACAUCAAGACAUCACGAAGCCUCCACAUCAUGUGCCACAUCCCAGUCUUCUGCUGGAUCACUGCUACAGUUCUGGAGGAGGUGUUGAAGACCAGAGAGGGAGGAGAGCUGCCCAAGACCCUGACUGAGAUGUACAUCCACUUCAUGGUGGUUCAGUCCAAACUGAAGAACAUCAAGUAUGAUGGAGGAGCUGAGACAGAUCAGCACUGGAGUCCAGAGAGCAGGAAGAUGAUUGAGUCUCUGGGAAAACUGGCUUUUGAGCAGCUGCAGAAAGGCAAUCUGAUCUUCUAUCAAUCCGACCUGACAGAGUGUGGCAUCGAUAUCAGAGCAGCCUCAGUGUACUCAGGAGUGUUCACACAGAUCUUUAAAGAGGAGAGAGGGCUGUACCAGUACAAGGUGUUCUGCUUCGUCCAUCUGAGCCUUCAGGAGUUUCUGGCUGCUCUUCAUGUCCAUCUGACCUUCAUCAACUCUGCUGUCAAUCUGCUGGCAGAAGAACAAACAACGUCCCGGCUGUCAAAAGUCUUCAGAGACAAACCUAAACUAACACAUCUCUACCAGAGUGCUGUGGACAAGGCCUUACAGAGUCCAAAUGGACACCUGGACUUGUUCCUUCGCUUCCUCCUGGGUCUUUCACUGCAGACCAACCAGAGUCUCCUACGAGGUCUGCUGACACAGACUGGAAGUAGCUCACAGACCAAUCAGAAAACAGUUGAGUACAUCAAGAAGAAGAUCAGUGAGGAUCUGUCUCCAGAGAGAAGCAUCAAUCUGUUCCACUGUCUGCAUGAACUGAAUGAUCGUUCUCUAGUGGAGCAGAUCCAACAGUCCCUGAGUUCAGGAAGUCUCUCCACAGAUAAACUCUCUCCUGCUCAGUGGUCAGCUCUGGUCUUCAUCUUACUGUCAUCAGAAAAAGAUCUGGAUGUGUUUGACCUGAAGAAAUACUCUGCUUCAGAGGAUGCUCUUCUGAGGCUGCUGCCAGUGGUCAAAGCCUCCAACAAAGCUCUACUGAGUUUCUGUAACCUCUCAGAGAGAAGCUGUGAAGCUCUGUGCUCAGUUUUCAGCUCCCAGUCCUCUAGUCUGAGAGAGCUGGACCUGAGUAACAACAACCUGCAGGAUUCAGGAGUGAAGCUACUGUCUGCUGGACUGGAGAGUCCACACUGUAAAUUGGAAACUCUCAGGCUGUCAGGUUGUCAGAUCACAGAGGAAGGCUGUUCUUCUCUGGCCUCAGCUCUGAGCUCCAACCCCUCCUAUCUGAGAGAGCUGGACCUGAGCUACAAUUAUCUAGGAGAGUCAGGGGUGAAGCUGUUGUCUGCUGGACUGGAGGAUCCACACUGGAAACUGGACACUCUCAGGGUGGACCAUGGUGGAGAGCAGAGGUUAAAACCUGGUCUGAGGAAGUAUUUCUGUGAACUCGCCCUGGAACCAAACACAGCACACAGAAAGCUCAAACUGUCUGACAACAACAGGAAGGUGACACAUGUGACAGAGAAGCAGCCAUAUCCUGAUCAUCCAGAGAGAUUUGACUGCUGGCCUCAGCUGCUGUUUAGAAAUGGUGUGAUUGGUCGCUGUUACUGGGAGGUCGAGUGGAGAGGAAAAGUUUAUAUUUCAGUGAGUUACAGAGGAAUCAGAAGGAGAGGAGGCAGAGAAGACUGUGUGUUUGGAUUGAAUGAUCAGUCUUGGAGUCUGAUCUGCUCUGAUGGUCGUUACUCUGUCUGGCACAAUAACAGAAAAACGGUCCUCCCUCUCUGCUGCUCCUCCUCCUCCUCCUCCUCCUCCUCCUCCUCCUCCUCUGACAGAGUAGCAGUGUAUGUGGACUGUCCUGCUGGCUCUCUGUCCUUCUACAGAGUCUCCUCUGACACACUGAUCCACCUCCACACCUUCAACACCACAUUCACUGAACCUCUUUAUCCUGGUUUGGGGCUCUGGUCCUCUGGUUCCUCAGUGUCUCUGUGUUCUGUGUAGGAGGGAGACAACUUCCAGUCCUGUGGUUUAAAUGUUGGUGGUGGACGAGGCUUCACUUUGGUUAACAUCUGGCUCACUGAUUGUGCCUUUAAUGUCAGAAAUGUGUUUUCUUAGAAAUGGUGAAAUGAUCUCCUCUGGGCUGAACUUUUCACAAGUCUGAAAACUACUAUAUGUUAAAAAUGUCUGCUACAAAGGUUAAACUUGUGAACAAACUGAUAUAAAGUGCAGUUUCACUGUUCAUCAUGGUCCAUGACAGUCUUCUGAGUGUGCUUGCUAAGGUCUGGUGUUUCUGGAUCACUGCCUUUGUUUCCCCAAAUGUUUUGGUUGUUUUCUGUCAUUUUGGAUUUCUCACUAGUUGCGUUAUGGAUUACUUUGAUUUAGCUUUUGGAAUGCCUGCCUCACAUCAUCUGUAAGUCUUCUCCUCACAAAGGUGGACACCUGUCAGAUGAAGAAUACCGUAAACACCAGAGCAAAAGAAAGCCCUCCAGGAAGGCCCUAAAAUGGUUGCUGGUUGGCCAAAGAAGUAAUAGCAUCAAAGGUGCAGGUCACUCUGGAAAAUGCCCACUGGGUGGCGGACGACAUCUACGCUAAAGUUCAUGGAGCAUCUUACUUAGUAGAAACAGGGGCAGAAGCGUCCUAAGUGAAUUCCCCCCAUGCAGUGUUGAUGUGUCUAAAAGCUAACAUUACAUGGGCGUCGUAACCAUUGUAUUGUAUGACAAGAUCCACCCACUUUUUAAGACCAAUGAUAUCGGACCCAGCUGUUUGUCUGUUUGUUCACCUUUCAGAGCGUCGUCAAUCAAAUCCAUUCCACCUGAGAAAUGCUCUAAUAAACUCCAUUCUGCGUUUUAAGCUACAGCCGUCACUUUCAUGCUGCUUCAUCAUAUCCAUUCCAUUCUGCUCAUUUAGUGUCCAUAAAAGUUAAACUCCAUUCCUUGUUUUCACUGCUCAUGACUGCUGUACUGCCGCGACACAGUGAGGUAAACAAAGCAUUUUAGGAUACCUGCUGCUCAGGUGUGUCUUUGUGUGAAUAUUCACCUAAAAAGCAGCUUUUUUAGUGACAGUAUGUGAAUACUGCUUUUAAAGGCAUCAUGUUGUCUUUAUUGCUGCCUUGAAUUACAGUUACACUUACGCUAUGUUGUAACAGAGUUAUCUAACAUUUUUGUUUGGCUAGCUAGCUACAGUAAUGUUAACAUUAAUCAACCAGAGUUAGCAGUUCUUUGAAUCCUGGUCAAUGAGAGAAUCUAGCUGUGGUACCUGUGCCAAACCUGAUUCAAAAAUGGACUAGACAAAAUUAUUGUUUUUUCAUCUGCAUGUGUGUUGACUCAGCAGGGACAAAGUUGAUCUACAGGAGAAACAUAUCUGAGAGCAACACAGAAUGACUGAGAGCUGCACUGACAUACAGUAAGUUCUGUUGAGUUUUAGACAGAAAUUGGUGCAGAAAGCCCUCCUUGUCUUUCUAUCCUAGUGACAUCCCUGGUUGAUAUAAUGUGUCCCUAGCUGUAUCAUGUGCUGUAGCAUAAAUUGCCACAAUAAAUUCUCUAAACUA